AAAAUGCAAAUUAGCUAUGAGUUCACGAAAAGAUACACGAAAAAAGAAUUCUAUGAAAACUCUUCUCCAAUUUAAGAGUUCAUUGGUAAAAUUGGCUAAAAUGGAUUCCGUUUUAGAUUUCUUGGGGCUUUAUAGAAACGAUGUAGCUAAGGAUGGAUCUUGCCUUUUCAGAGCUGUUUCCGAACAGCUAUUUUAUACUCAAAUUCACCAUGUUAAACUGCGAGAAUGUUGUGCUGAAUACAUGGAUAGAAAUAGAUCAGCAUAUGAAACAAGUAUAAAGGAUGAUUUUGAUGAAUAUUUGAGUAAAAUAAGAAAUGAAAAGGAAUGGGCGGGAGAAGUGGAAAUGAAAGCUCUUUCCUGUAAAUACAACAUUGAUUUUAUUAUAUAUAAUGCUGCUACUAAACCACCUUUGAAAAUCAGGACAGCGUCUCCAAUUCAGCAUGUUAUGCUAGCUUGCACUGGUAAUAAUCGUUAUGACUGUGUCUACUCAAAGUCUGAUUUAUCAGCUUUAGCUUUCUGCCAGUCUCUUGUUUAUGAAAUAUUGUACAAAAGAGUUUUUGAACUUGGAUCUGAUGUUGAUAUAGCUGUGGAAAAAAUGCUUCAUGAUAAAGCAUAUUCAAAGCAAAGAAGGAACAAUUUGUUAAAUCAAUUAUUUAAAGAAAAUUGCUGUAUUGAAAGUGUUAAAGAAGAUCACAACUUACCUGAGGAUGAUCAAUUAAUCUUUAAAAAUCCUCGCUUUGAAAUUCGUAGAGCUUUGGCACAAGGCGUCCCUCCAUUUCCUUAUAAAGUAGCAAAGACUUUAGAUCCUAACAUCUAUAGGAAUGUUGAAUUUGAUAUGUGGAAUGAAAAGAGGAAAGAAGAACAGAAGAGUGAGCAAUUUGUUGUCCCGAAACUGGAGCCUGGCGUGAAAUGCAAAGUGUACAUCAAUAAAGAAAUUUACAUAGGGCAUGUCCAAGAUAUCUUGAGUGAUAGUGAAGAUGUUUCGGUAUAUAUCGAAGAAUUGUGCAAACGUUGUGUAGUGUCGUCUAAUGUAAUUGAAAUAGUUCCUGUGCCUGCUUAUAAAGCAUUGACUUGGCAAGGAGGUAAAACUUAUAAAGUUUAUACUGACAGUGCUCAAAUAGAUAAGGACAAGAGCAAGAAAAAAGGAUUUAAGAAAAACUGCCAGGAUUAUCCACAAUCUCACUUUGCUAGUGGAAGUAGUCCACGAAAAUUAAGCCCCAUUCUGUGCUCAAAUUCUGUAUCAAGUACGUCUGUUGCUCAAAACUCAUUCCUUGCAAAGAACAGCUUUUGCUCAUUUCAGUUGGAUCUUAGAAAAGGAAAUACAAAUGUUCCUGCAUCUCAGAAAGCAAAAGUAUUGCCACAGAAAAAUAAACAAAAUAUACAAACAAUUUGCUCAACUACAAAUUUUUCGUACGUAUGGAAUGGUGUCGAUAGAAACUUGUCUACACCUCCUAUUCCAAUACCAGGCAAAGUUUCUUCUGAAUGCUACAGAAUUCAACCUGGAGCUUCAGAAACAGCGAGUGAGCUUAAUGAAUCUGACUGGGCUGGUGAAUCAAUAAAGACUUCUUCCGUAUCUCAUCCAUUCAGCCCUCCAGCGUUUUAUGCAGGACAUCCAAAUCAUGAUGGUACAAAUUAUUCCCUCCCCAUGAGCUGUGCAUUCCCUAGCUCUGCAAUAGCUACCACUGCUACUUCUUUACCUCUACCAAUACCUGGAGCUGCUUCUCAGCCAGUUGAUGAAGUGAUGUCCACUUCACCCACACAUUGUCCUGCUCCAAUGGCAGUAUACCCAUAUCCCGUGUACACUGUACCUGGCAUGUAUUUGGUAUGCAGAGAUGGAUCCACCUUACCGUUAACUUGGGGAUCUCAGGAUGUAAUGAAUGGCAGUGAAAUCUCUUCUGGUGUUCCGAGUGUUUUUUUCAACACACCACCAACUGGAAUGUCACCACCCAUUACUUCCUGGAUUCCUAGUGCUGUGCCCAGCUAUGGUUCUACCUGGCCCCCCACCAUUACACCUACUGUUACGUUUUCGCCACCCCCAUCGCCACUAGAGAUGAAUGCUUACCAAUCGAAUACUCUCUCCAACUUGGAGUCCUCAAUCUGGCAUCUAUAUUCCACCACCAACUCCUGUUGCAUACCGUAUGCCAUCCCGACCAUUACAGCAGGAACCACAUCAAAAUUGAAUGAGCUUCUGUCAGAGUUCCACUGAAUUAAUUUUCUUGAUAACUAACAACUUUUAAGUGCUGUUCUAAAACUUGUGUGUCAAAUGUUAAAUGGACUGAAUUUUCUUGCUUCGAAAGGAAAAUUUCUUUUAAAAUUAUUUGCUACACAAGUUUAUAAGAUUUUCAUUGGUAGAAUAGUUUGGUCAGUAUUAAUGAAAUGUCUUUUAUUCUCUUCUGUUGUGUGGAAUUUUAAAUGGGAUACUGAAGCAUUUAAACAAUGUUGAUUUUAUUGCCUCAUUGAAUACCUGUUCCUGUUUUUUCUUUCCUUCCAAUAAAUCGGUUCCUAAUGAACAACUGCUGAAAGUGCCCAGCAUUUUGAAUGCUAGACCUUUGCAGACAAAUUUUUUGGAGGGUUAUAAAAGAUUUAAUCAGCGUGAAAAAUUUGCACUUUCAUUGGUACAUUUUUGUUGAACCUAAUUAAGUUGAUAUGAAAAUUUGGGUACUGCAAUUAUUAACUAUGCUUUACAGCUACAUAUAUAAAUACAAAGCUUAUUUUCCUUAGAGCAUGUUAAAUUUCUUAAUUAUUCUAAAAAUUCUUUUGAAAACAACUAAAAUAAAUCCUAAAUUGUUGUUAAUUUAGAGAUUUAAACGGAACCAAAAUCACAUGCUCUAAGUUCCCAAAAUUCUGUACCAUUAUUUAACCAAAACUAAUAAUUUUAAUUUUAAAGUUCUUUUCUAUUUCUUUUGGCAAUAGAAUUAUAUUUUAAAAAUCAUUGAAUGCAUAGAAAAACAAAUUGGGUGUCUAAUACAUCGAAGUUAACCAAAUGAGCUUUGAAAUAUUAGUAUUUUUCUGAUUUUAAUGGCCUUUAUUAUGGAAGUAAAUUUAGAUCUUAGUUUUAAUGACUCUGCAGUUUUUGUACUUUGAAAAAGAUCUCUAGUUUUAAAAAGUGGAUCUAGAGUUUUGCAGAUGAUUAGAUUUUUAUGGAAUUCAGCAUCAGUUUCUUCCAAUUCUUCUCAAUAUGUGAUUGUAAUGUGAGAAUCUUUUCUUUCUUAAAUUUUUAGGAUGGAAAUUUUACUUUUUUUCGAACUCACUGAGGGUUUUAUUCACAGUUUAUUUUAAUCGGUGAAAUUAAAUUUUCCUUCAUAAAUUGUAUCAUGGAAUUAAAUGACUGGUAGCCUUUACAUUACCACAUCACUGUUCAAAACCUGGGCAUCAUGGGCAUUUGGUGUAUUGUAAAAGCUUUAAAUUGUGUUUGAUCUGUAGCAUUCUUGUUAUAAAAAAUCAUUCAUAAAAAUGGCUGUGUGUGCUAUUGUAUUAUGUAUCUGUGAUACCAACUUUGAUGGCAUUAUUUUCAUGCUGCAAAAUUUCCUGUACUGAAAUUGCAUUUGACAUCAAAUUAUUUUUUCCCCCUCUCAUGAACUAAGGCACAAAGUCUAGGUGUUUUACUUCCAGAAAUGUAAUAAAUAUUUGUCAUUUUCAUGUUA